CUAGUUCCUGGUUGAAACAAAGAAAAAAAAAACAAAAGAAAGAAAGAAAAACCAUGAGCAUGGAGGAUUCAAGGAACCAACACCAACUUCACUCGCUUGCGAUGUCAACUACAAAUUCUAAUCCUUCAGUCCCUGAUUCUCAUCGCCGUGAUAUCCCUCCAAUCAACACCAUCUCUGUUUUUUUCAGAGAAUUUUACAGGGAAUCCAAGAAACUCUGGUGCCUCGCUUGCCCUGCCAUAUUCACCACCAUUUGCCAGUACUCCCUUGGCGCCAUCACUCAAGUCUUUUCCGGCCAAGUUAGCACCCUGGCCCUCGCUGCUGUCUCCGUUGGGAACUCUGUCAUCGCCGGAUUUUCCUUCGGCGUCAUGCUUGGCAUGGGAAGUGCACUUGAAACCCUAUGUGGGCAAGCAUUUGGAGCUGGGCAGCUAGAAAUGCUCGGAAUCUAUUUGCAAAGAUCGUGGGUGAUUCUCGGCACCACAGCCUCACUUAUGUCCUUUUUUUAUAUCUUCGCCACUCAGAUUCUGAAGCUAAUCGGGCAGCAGGCAGCCAUAUCAAAGGCAGCAGGGAUAUACGCAAUCUGGAUGAUACCUCAGUUAUUUGCUUACGCAAUGAAUUUCCCAAUGGCGAAAUUCUUGCAGGCUCAAAGGAAGAUGAUAGUUAUGGCGAUGAUAUCUGCGGCGGCCUUGGUUUUGCACACAUUUUUCAGCUGGCUUUUGAUGCUGAAGUUGGGGUGGGGGCUGGUGGGAGCAGUGGUGGUGUUAAAUGCUUCUUGGUGGCUAAUUGAUUUGUCUCAGUUUCUGUAUAUAGUGAGCGGAGCUUGCAGGCAAGCUUGGAAUGGAUUCUCAUGUCAGGCCUUCAAAAAUCUGUGGGGUUUUGUCAGGUUGUCUCUUUCAUCUGCGGUGAUGCUUUGCUUAGAAGUUUGGUAUUAUAUGGCAUUAAUAAUCCUUGCUGGAUAUUUAAAGGACGCCGAGGUUUCAGUGGAUGCCUUGUCCAUAUGCAUGAACAUUUUCGGUUGGACAAUGAUGAUAUGCCUGGGAAUGAAUGCAGCUAUAAGUGUACGAGUGUCAAAUGAACUAGGAGCAGGUCAUCCACGAACAGCAAAAUUUUCAGUGGCAGUGGCUGUAAUAUCAUCCUUCACCAUUGGUGUAAUCAUCUCUGUGAUUCUCAUCCUCGCAAGAAACCAGUAUCCAUCUUUAUUUUCUAAGGAUUCUCAAGUCCAACAACUUGUUAAAAAGUUAACACCACUUCUGGCUACUUCUGUGAUCAUUAACAACGUUCAGCCUGUUCUUUGUGGUGUGGCUAUUGGAGCAGGAUGGCAAGCCAUUAUUGCAUAUGUGAACAUAAUUUGUUACUAUGCAUUUGGGAUUCCUCUAGGUCUCAUAUUAGGUUACAAACUUGAUAUGGGUGUUCGUGGGAUCUGGUAUGGGAUGAUGUCAGGAAGUAUGGUGCAGACAUUUGCCCUUUCCUUCAUCAUUUAUAGAACAAAUUGGAACAAAGAGGCUUCUGUUGCCGAAGAUAGGAUAAGGAAAUGGGGAGGACAAAUAGGUUCCAAAGACAACAAUACUGAAACAUUCGGCAUGGGCGUCCAGCUAAACCUUCUUCAGGCGGUGUCUAAAAAGGGCAAUGGAGAUAUCGAUACUAAUUGCAUGUCCUUUCAGGCAAACAACAAUUCCUAUAUAUCUUUAGAUUUUCAAAAUACGCCUGAAGAUCUGAAGGUCCAUAAUUCACCUGUCCCACUUCCAGUGAAUUUGGAACGGAAUGCUGUCGGGAACUUGUACAAUUUUUGGGAUGGAUGGCAUCUAUAG